AUGAAACCCCACUAUACCCCUUGUAAAUAUGGUAAUAAACAAAGAAAUUUGGCAUCACCAAAUAGACAUAGGGAAAAAGCUGUUUAUAGAGAGAAUCACAGGGCGACAUAUUACCCGUAUGGUCAAAGAGAAGAAGAUAGGAAAAAUAGAUACACAUCCCGAGUAUUGCCCCAUAGAGAGAAACCAAAAUAUGAGCAUUAUCAGAAUAAAUGGGGGGAUAAUGGAACAUAUGAUAGGAGAAAUGUAGAAAAAUAUAAUGACACAUAUGAGUACAGAAGAAAGAGAGAGGAUUAUAGACCCCACAAUCAAGAUAGCACAUACAAUAGAGAGCGAAGGGAAUAUAGAAAAGUAAGAGACGGACAACCCCCAUUGAGACAGGAAUCCCCAAGAAAGUGGAACCGGUAUCAGGUCCUGGAAGGACAAGAACCGGAACAGGAUUUUUGGAGGAGCCGUCAGAUAGAGAGACACAAGAGAGAACAGGGAGUAGACCAAGUAACAUACCUAAAAAGACGAAGAGAUUCAUCACCAGAGGAAGGAGAGGAGGUAAAGCAAUCAAAAAAAGACAGGAGAGAAAGGAAAUAG